UCGCUGUGCUCCAAGAUGGCGGCUUCCAGUGCUCCUGGUUACACAUCAUAAGCAUUCGAAAGCGAAAUAUCUCCGUCCACCGGCUGUUUGAAUCCAUGAGGGAGCCGGGAGCUGUCGACACUGAAACACGGAAGCUGUUCCCCCGUGGUUUGUUCAUGUCGGUGUCGGAGUGAAGCGGAUUGUGUUUACCGAGUAUGGCCACCGAGAACAGGAUCAAUUUCUGGAGGAGAAACGCAAAGGUUCCCGGAAGGUAUCCCAAAGACACAAAGCCCAAAUUCAACAAUCUAAAAACAAAAAAGGCCUCUAGCUUCCACGAGUUUGCUUGCAGCACCAACGAUGCCUGGGACAUCGAUGAUGAGGAAGACGAUGAUUUCCUCGGGAGCCCCGCCCCAACUUCAUCCCUGUCAUCAGGCCUGCCCUCUACGCCUGCACAGAUCCAUCACCAGAGUCAGGCAGGUGACUCGGAGAGCAAGGUGUCACACAGACUGGCAUCUCUUAGCUCAGAACCUGAGAACCUCCAGGAUGUUCUAGAGGAAGACGUGGACAGUGAGACCAUCAAUGGCAAGGUUGUCAAGUCUAAUAGUGAGACCCACCUCAACUCGUCCUCAGUCAGAUCCACACUGCAGAAGCAGCAGUCUCUCCCAGUUCGUCCCAUCAUCCCACUAGUGGCUCGGAUAUCCGACCAGAAUUCCUCCGGGGCUCCACCCAUGACGGUGCGGGAGAAGAGCCGACUGGACAAAUUCAAGUAUCUGCUUGCCAGUCCCAACACUGAUCUAGAGGAACUUCGGAAGCACAGCUGGUCAGGUAUUCCAAAGAAAGUCCGGCCAAUCACAUGGAGACUUCUCUCUGGCUACCUGCCGGCCAACAAGGACCGCAGAGACCUGGUGCUAAAAAGGAAGCGAGAAGAAUACUUUGGAUUCAUUGAGCAGUAUUACCACUCUAGAACAGACGAGCACUUCAAGGACACAUACAGACAGAUCCACAUUGACAUUCCAAGAACAAACCCUCUGAUUCCCCUGUUCCAGCAGCCUGUGGUACAAGAGGUUUUCGAGCGUAUCCUCUUUAUCUGGGCCAUCCGUCACCCGGCCAGUGGCUACGUCCAGGGAAUCAAUGACCUAGUCACACCCUUCUUUGUCGUCUUCUUGUCAGAGUUUGUCAUGGAGGAUGUGGAGAACUUUGAGAUGGCAGCGCUGCCUCUGGAAACCCAGAGAAACAUCGAAGCUGAUAGCUUCUGGUGCAUGAGUAAGCUGCUGGACGGAAUCCAGGACAACUACACCUUUGCUCAGCCUGGAAUCCAGAACAAAGUAAAGGCUUUAGAGGAGCUGGUCAGCAGGAUAGAUGAGGACAUUCACAAUCAUUUCAAGAGGUAUGAGGUAGAGUACCUGCAGUUUGCUUUCCGUUGGAUGAACAAUCUGCUGAUGAGGGAGCUGCCUCUUCGUUGCACUAUCCGUCUCUGGGACACCUACCAGGCUGAAGCAGAGGGUUUCUCCCACUUCCACCUGUACGUCUGCGCUGCUUUUCUCAUUGAGUGGCGCAAAGAAAUUCUCUCCAUGGUUGACUUUCAGGGCCUCCUCAUGCUACUGCAGAAUGUUCCGACAAUCCACUGGGGGAACGAGGAAGUGGGUCUCCUCCUGGCUGAGGCCUACAGACUGAAGUACAUGUUUGCAGAUGCACCCAGCCACUACAAGAGAUAGCUUCAGGGCCACCUCGUCUUAGCAAACACAGUACUUUCAAACUUCCAAUCAAACCAGACUGUGACUGUGAGAGACACACUCCAUUCGGAGGUCCUUGAAAAAAAAAAAAAAAAAAAUGAAGUGUUGUCUCUGAGAUGUAUUCUGGUGUCAUCAAGUGUGGCUCCAGGAGACAUGUCGGAUGUUUCCUCAGAGCCACUGGACUUCUCUUGUCAAUUUCCACUGGACAAUGAAAAGCUCAUGGUGCAGCCGUCAAGCUCAGUGAAAAUGAGAUUAUUUGCAGUUAUAGUACUGCACUGUAUCAAUGGACGGUUACCACAACCAUAGCUAUGCCAUUUUGGUGGACCUGUACUGUUGGUCAAGCAACAUUGAUUGUCUCUCAAGUCAAGCGUACACUGAGAUGUACAUGCUGUAAUAUAAAGGGAUGAUGAAUGUUUGUGAGAUCAUCCUCUAGUGAAAGAUGACUUGUUGUAGUUAAUGUUUUACAGUGGAAACAUAUUAGAUGUAACCCAAGAAACUAAAUCACCUUGUCAGUUUUCUUUUUUACAAAUGUGUUUAGUCUGACACUGUUGAGCUGUUCUGAAUAAGGACAGCUAAUCUUUGUGUAUAUGUUGGUUCAGGGUUACCAAAUCUGCACUGUACAAUCAACCAGUCAAAGUCCAGAGUUUGGGCCUAAAUCACUCAAUGGAAUCAGUUUCCACUAAUGAUAUGUUAGUUUGUAUUUAGGUCUCAGACCCAACGGUAGCAAAUGGUAGGUACUGUGUUUCCUUUCAGGUUCUGUUUUGAUGGAAGGUGGAGAAACUGAUUUGAUAUUUUUUAGAAUAACUAUCAGGCUCUUUGUUGCAGCUCCUAAAUGUCAACACUGGUACAUUUUGAAAUUGAAAUUGGGCUUUGAAGAGAAAAACUUCAGGUUGGCGUGGCUGUGGAACUCAUACAUAUGUCUGCUGAAGUGGGUCUGAUUUAAUGAUGCAACUGACUUAGAUUAAUCUAAGUGUUAUUAUAUUUUAGGCAAUUGAAAUACAAUUUGAGUUAAAGAUUGUAGCACAUAUUCUAACAGCACAAAACGAGAUCAGUAACCACUGAUCUUUGGGCCCGAGUGUUUGUUUUACCAAACUCCAUUUGUAUGCGUAACAAUAAGAGUAGCAUUCUUAUUAACGAUCUUAUGAUAGUCUUUGCGCUAUCGAAUUAAAAACCUCUGGCCAUUGUAAAAAAAAAAAUUUUAAAACACAAAGAAACUGCAGAUAAUAAAAAUUUGUUUAUCAUGAUUGUUUAUGGAGAUUUUGAACUGAGAAAGUUCCCCUGUCAAUGUCUAUUGGUACUAAAAGACAUUUAGUGGCACAUUCCUACCUACGGACACAGUGCAGCUCAUUUGUGGUGAAUUCUGAACAUACUCCAUCCUGUCACAGUAUAACAUGGAUAAAUGUUUAUGCUUGUGUUUUACAUGUGUUUCUGAUUUGGUUUCCUCUUUCCUGUGUUUAUUUGUAGCAGCAUUUUUCAGCGUGUGUGUUUUUGAGUGUGUGGUUGGGGGGAGGGUGUUGACUAUUACUCGAGGACCUUCAUUACCAGUGAUAGUUAUUAUACAGCCCUGCUCAUUGUCCACUACAACUAAUUUAAUUGGGAAGUAUUGGAAGUCUUACUUCGGGUCCAGGAAUGGGUGGGGUCACUUUAUGACAUUAUAUUCAGUAAGGGAGACACUGAUGCUGAAAACUAAUUAGUAAACUCGAUCAUUUUAAUUUUUGGAAAAGUCUUAACAAUCUUAUACCUGUUAAUAGAUCAUUCAUUCUCAGUUCGGCAUUAUUAAUCCACCAGUAAUCUCGUUUUUAUCCGCCUUCUUUCAGCUGAAACAUGGUCACAGUUUGCCUUCAGCCUUAACGUUGGUUUUCUUCAUUCAGGUGCACCAAGUGAUUGUUUCCCUACACUGAUGGUAUUGGUCACUCCAUGCUGUGCUUGUGUUAAAGGUCAAGGGUCGUCAAUUAGAAUUUCGAUAACAAAAGGCCGACUAAAACGGACAACUUGCUGAUUUGUACCAAGAAGUGUUUGUGCUGUUUCAACAUUCAUCUUUGUUGGGCCGAUACAAUGUGUUUUAUUAGAGUGCUUUUAUUAGAGUUCACUGCUGGCUCCAGCCUUGAAUGAUGAAAUAUAAAAUUAUUACAGUACCUGCUGUAUGUUAACUUUUUGUUUAUAUUAAACUAUUGUUAUACAAGUGCCAA